AUGGAGGCGAAGUCCGCCCCGGCAGCUGCGGAUAAACACGAGGAGCCCACCGUCGUGGAGGCAUCUUCGACUCCCAUCGAGCUGUUGGCGGAGGCAACUCAACUCGCUCGCGAGGCAUUGGCCCAUCACGCCAAAACCCAGGCUCUUCACGCGUCAAACCCCAACGACCCUGCACAGGACUCCUCUAGCCCGGUGCCGACCACCAAGGAAAACGAGGCCCUCGGAAUUUCUAAAGACGUCGGCGGGUUUGACGCUGAAAAGCAGUCAUCGGCUGGUGCUGGGACUGAUGCUGGGACUGGAGCUGGAACUGGAACUGGUGCGGGUCUAAAGGCGGUGGCCCCGCCAUUGUCCAUACCAGUACCCGCUGGCAAGCAUGAUGAUAGUAACCAAAGGGACACCACCACUCCACCGAACGAGAGGAAGACACCGUCUGAUGAGAUGGUUAUCUCACCUAUUAUAGCUGCUACGCCGCAUCCCAACAUUGGGAACAAGCGAACUGCUUCUGGUGCUAUCAAGGCACCGAGCACAUCGCUCCCUGCCACACCGUACCAACCUGCUACUUCAUCUCCUCGAAACGGCCGAGAGCGGAUAGGCGAGCUAUCGACCCAGCUCCGCUCAAGGUUGUCAUAUGCAAUGAUCAAGAUGCAGAACGGUCUUCAAGGGCAGAGUUUUGAUCAGGUGGAGAAUUAUAUAGUCGAGAAACGACAGAAUAGACUAUCACAGUCACCUUCCAUAACUGCUUCAAACACUCCUUUGAUCCCACCAGCUACGAUCGGCUCCGUUCAGACUGGUGCUGCAAGCCAACCUCUGAAGCGUCAGACCUCAGUCGACAGCUAUUCGGGUGGAUUGGGUAUAUCUUUAAUGCCUUCCCCGGUCCCGGCGAGCCCUCGAGCCCCUCAUAGCCGUGUCGGUCGCCAUUCUCGAACCACUAGCGACCCAUCUGCUAUGUUUUUGGCCCCUGCUGCGAAUAUAAGCUCACAUCAGGACCCAAAUUACUGGGUGAAGCCUCCUCCUUCCCCACUACCCUCAAACAUACGAGGGAGUGGGCACAAUCCAAAUCAGGCGUUGGACUCCUUCGCUGCAAGGUUCCAGAUGUCACCGGGUCGCCAUCUGGCACCGGCAGCUCCAAUUCGCCACCAUGCUCGGUCGCCUAGCGGGUCUCAUACUUUACCAGUCCGUCGAGGGAGGCACCCACCGCCGUCUUUGCCCAAGACAUUCAGUAAUAUGAGCUCUGUGUCAAAUAUAUCCUCCGCUCCUACAGAUAUUCUUAGUCUCUCCGAGGAACCAAUAUCUUCUCAGGCAAAUCCGUCAGCAGCUGUUCGUCCCUGCACCCCUGUUAGGACGAACACUCUGACAAUGGAGCAGGAUGCUGUGGAGUCUCUGAUGUUUCUGUCAUCACCUGGUCAUUCGCAGCACAGGGGAUCAAGGCCGGCGUCUAGAUCUGCCGUCUCCACACAUCAACCACAAUUCCAAAGCCAGCUUAUACAGCAGGUCUGGAACGGAGGCCCUACCGACCGGGAAGGUGAUUCUUUCAUGGAAACGGCAGCCAGCACAACCGUUGACGAUGAAGAGGUUCGGCUGGUGGAAGAGGACGACGAGCUGGAUAAGGAGUUGGAUAGACAGCGGAAGAACCAAGAGUAUGGCGAGCCAGAUACGGAUCACGAACUUAGGAAGGAGGUUAACGGCGUAAACUUGUCAAGUAGGACACCACAGCAGCAGGGUAGGGGCGACCAUGCCGCACGGGUCAAAAGGGUCAAGACGAUGGAGGAGAUGCUGAGUGCGGCAGACAGGGCGGAUGCAGCGGCACAUUGGCAGUACACCUCUGGUACUCCUGAUAAACCAGCAGCGGCACCAGUUGCACCCAGCCCCAUGUUGAGUGGUUAA